GCCGCAACAAUCGGCCGCGCCGCCGACAGUGCGCGAGCAUCUCGAAACGACGAUGUAGUGCGUGAGAAAACGUCCGAAAAAUAUCAAUCGCGGUGUACCAUUUCGGAAAAUCGCCGGCAGUUCCCACGGGCGAGGACCACUUCGCGCGAUAACGUCGAUCCCGAAAUAUUUUCGAAUAUACCUGGAUAUUUUUCCCCGUCUCGCUUCCAGCAUACCUUUGCACAGUGGAUCUCUGUUUUGUGGAUUAUCAAUUCACCCUUGUGCGCGUGGCUCAUCGUUUGCAUUGCUCUUCACUCGAGAAGAAUCGAUACUGCGACGAUGACGGUCAUGGUCGAGUCCACGAAAGUCGAGGAGGGCAACGGUCCCGCGAAGAUCGAGACCUUCGACGAUAUCCUGCCGUACGUCGGCGAAGCGAGCAGGUACCAGUGGUUCCUGUUCAUUCUGCUCCUACCGUUCACCUUCGUCUACGCCUUUUUGUACUUCGCGCAAUUCUUCCUCACUCUCGUGCCCGCCGAGCACUGGUGCACCAUACCGGAGUUGGACCACUACAAUCUUACGGAUUACGAGAGAAUCGCGGUAGGGAUACCCCCGGCCACCAACGAGGAAUUGAGGCUGGAGAGCGCCACGUCGUUCUCGAGAUGCUACAUGUACGAUGUAAAUUACACUGAACUCUUGGAGCAGGGCGUCAGGAAGGCCAAUUUGUCGUGGCCGAUAGUCCGGUGCAAGCAAGGAUGGACCUUCAACCACACGAUGAUACCGUACGCCUCGAUCGCCGCCGAGCUCGAAUGGGUUUGCGACAAGACUUUUCUCGGCUCCGCGGCCCAAUCGGCCUUCUUCAUCGGCAGCAUUAUCGGCGGCCUGAUAUUCGGCUACAUAGCCGAUCACUACGGCAGAAUCCCGGCACUGGUAUCUUGCAACGCGGUAGGAUUCUUCGCCUCCAUCGCGACGGCCUUCUGCAACAGCUUUUGGUCCUUCUGCGUCGCGAGGAUGAUCGUCGGCUCGUCGUUCGACAAUUGUUUCAACGUGCUUUUCAUUAUCGUGAUCGAGUACGUCGGCCCGAAGUACCGAACUCUGGUGGCAAACAUGUCCUUUGGGAUUUACUUCGCCAUCGCCGCCAGUCUCCUGCCGUGGCUCGCAUUCUGGAUCGCAGAUUGGAGAAUUUUAAGCGUCGUCACAGCAUUUCCGAUGAUCGUCGCUUUCCUCGGCCCAUGGCUUGUCCCAGAAAGUGCACGGUGGUACAUCAUGAGCGGCAAGAUUGACAAGGCGAUCGGCAUGCUGAAGAAAUUCGCCAAGGUCAACGGCAAGGAAGUGAAGCAAGAGGUGUUCGAGGAGUUUGAAAGGAGCUGCAGAAACAUGAUCGAGAAGGACCAGAAACACAAUCAGUACACGGUCGUGCAUCUCUUCAAGUUGCCCCGAUUGGCUCGCAUCACCGUCAUGCUCGUCAUUUACUGGCUGUUGAUCAUUCUGGUAUUCGACGGACACGUUUGGAACAUGAAACUGUUGGAUCCCGACGUGUUCACAUCGUUCUCUCUGGCCUCGUUGACCGAACUUCCUGCGGCGAUUCUGCUGGCGCUCUUCCUCGACAGAUGGGGCAGACGAUGGAUGGGCUUCGCUUCCAUGUUCAUAUGCGGCAUUUUCUCUUUCAUCGCUAUCGCCACUCCCGCCGGUGGACUAACCGUCACUAUGGCGAUUUUGGCGCGCCUCGGUGUCAAUAUCGCCGCGAAUAUCGGUUUCCAAUACGCGGCCGAGAUGUUGCCGACCGUAGUGCGGGCGCAAGGUGUGUCCCUGAUUCACAUUAUUGGCUAUGUCGCUCACAUCAUUGGGCCCUACGUGAUUUACUUGGCCGACGUCAACCAGCAUUUACCGCUGAUCGCUCUCGGCCUCCUGUCGUUCGUUGAUGCAUUCAUAACGCUGGCGCUACCGGAAACCUUGGACCAAGAGUUGCCCGAAACUCUGCAGGAGGGCAACGACUUCGGCACGGAUCAGAGCUUUUGGUGGAUUCCUUGCAUAUCCUCGACCCCAAAAGUGAAGAAAUCGCUGAGGGAGAAGAAGAAGAAGGUGGGAAUGACAAACGCAGCCUUCCAUCACGACAAUAUUCAAACUGUAGACUGUACGAGAUUAUAACGGCCGGCGAUAUUCGCCAAAUAAUUUGCCAAAUCGUUGUAAAUAUCGCGGUCGAGUCACCGCGUUUGUGAUCUUAAGUGUUAAACUGAUUGUGAAUGAUGGGACGAUGUGGUGAAGCGGGACAGAAAUACGAAGUGAGAAACGCGGGGCUCGACUCUACGCAUUCGACGUUCAGGUGCACGCUCAAAUGGACACGAAUGCGAAGGUGAAUUCGCAACUUCGAGGUCUACGCGAUCGUCUCGAGAGUGCUAGAUUACUUCUUCCGGGUCGCUUCCUCGCGACUUCGACCCGCCACUCUUCUUCAGGACGCAGCUGUGUGUACAAAGCUAUUUGACUAAGUAUAGUUUUAAUGAAAAUGGAGACCGUGACGAGCGAGCCGACUUUUUCACCUACCAUUCGCGGUAUAUCACGAGGCUCGUGAUCGGUCUAACAUCGACGUAUCCAAUUUUUUUACACGGAGAUUAUCGCGCAGAAUGGCGGAGCCUGGUGCGCCAAACGUUGUACGUUUCACUCACGAGUAAACGCAAAUAUCGCGCACCUGUAUUCAUAUACACAGUUCCGCUGCUCUCGGUGGAAUCAGAAUAUUCUAUUACAAAGAGACGCCCAGUUCUUUGCACGUCGUCCCUCGUCUUGCCCGGGUAGCGUCUCCGACCCGCGAUAUGUAAAAGACGACUCAUUUUCUGUGCCAAGAUACGGAGAUCGCCUUGUUACACUUGAUAUUCUUGAAAAGGUGCAACGGACUUGAGAAAAACCGUGCGAACAGCUAAAAAGCGGCUGCCGACGCUUUCUCGAUGCAUCAUCAAGAAUAGGUGCGGAAUUGUUUAACAGCGAUGGCAAUCGUUAUAUUUUCGUUAUAUGAAUAGAAGACUUUUAUGUUAUAUAUAUUUAGGUAUGUAAUUUAUGAUAAUGUACAUAGGCCGGCACGGCGUUCACCGCAUAAAGACACAUUUUUCAUCCUUCACUGCCAAACCUGAAGAUUUCUUUGAUAAUCACGGAAGAUGUCGAUGCCAUUUCACUCAUUGUCAUCUAAUGGUGAUUCACAGUGUAAAAUAAAAGGACAAGUUGUUUUACCAUCGUGUAAA